UGAAAAUAUACGUCAUCAAUUUGAAGCAUAUUUUUUAUAGAAAAGAAAACAAUUCCGAUUGUUUCCAAAAAACUAAUUCGUAUUUAAUGAAAUGUAAAAAAAAAGUACAAAAAUAAAAUAUGAACAAACAUGAUUGGUUUCUGUUUUACCUUCUAAGUGCUUUUGUAUUUGGUUGUUGCCUUUUCCUAGUCGGCUUCUUUCCAGUUGACUUUCAAAAAACAGGCUUAUCUCCUUCUCCCGAACCUCCAACCAAAUUAAAUGGCUUAAGCUUAACUCGACCAAAAAAACAAUAUUCAAAUGUUGUUUUCAUGGUUGUCGAUGCGCUGCGCUAUGAUUUCGUCGACAAAGAACAAAUGCCAUACACUAGCCGGCAUUGUAAAGUUCAAAUGAAAGCUAGCAUUCCUACUGUGACUUUGCCUCGAAUUAAGAGUCUCACCUCAGGAACAAUAUCGAAUUUUAUAGAUGUAAUUUUGAAUCUGGGAAGUUCCCAGCCACUUCAGGAUUCGAUUCUUCACAAAUUGCACAAACGUGGAGACAAAGUUGUUUUCUAUGGUGACUUUACAUGGGUAGAUUUGUUUUCGAAAAUAUUUCAUCGAUACGAAUCCAAUACGGAUUCGUUUUACCUUACCGAAUUUCAUGAGGGUGAUAACAAUAUUACUAAAAGCUUACAUAAGGAAUUGAGAAAUUUGACUAGUUGGGAUUUUCUUAUAUUGCAUUACAUUGGAUUGGAUCGCAUUGGUCAUAUGGAAGGUUCAAAUGGGGCCAAAAUAUUUUUGAAAUUGAGAGAAAUGGAUGAUGUGGUGGAACUCAUUGACAAAGCACUAGCUAAGAAGGUUACAGAACCAAAACCACUUUUGCUUGUAACUGCUGAUCAUGGAAUGAGAAAUGGAGGUGGACAUGGUGGAAGUUCACCCGAAGAAAUAUUUGUUCCACUUAUUGUGACUGGUCGCAAUUGUUCCAAACAGGAUAAAACAACAAUAGAAUAUAAUCAAGUGGAUAUUGCUGCAACAUUAUCUAUACUCCUUGACGUACCCAUUCCAUCAACCAGCAUCGGAUGUAUUAUACCCGAGCUAAUCGAAACCUUGACACCAGAAGAAAAAUUGUAUGCUCUCUAUUACAAUACUAAAUUUCUUAUCGAUAAGGCUAUGGCUAAAUAUGGCAAAAAUAAUGUACAAAAAGAAGAUUAUUAUUCAUGGUAUGAAACUGCAACCGAUGCCCACACAGUAUACCUGACAAAUAUAUUAAAAGAAAAUACAACAAGUGCAUAUCUUUUUGAAAAAGCCAAAUUAAAUUACAUGCGUUCGGCAUAUGAAAUCUCUCACAUAUUUGCUAAAUCUUAUACACGAUUUGAUUUUGGAAUGAUUUUUUUGGGAGUAACUUUAACGGGUUUGUCCACAGUUCUGGUGUUCCUGACAUGUUUUACUUCGACCAACUUUUCGAAAAAACUUCACGAACCAUUGAUUUAUUUCGGAAGAAUAUUCCUUGCUGCAGCUUCAAUCAACACAAUUGGUUAUGUGUUUCAUUAUGUCCACACCAGCAAUAUUGUACUUAUGUGUCUGACAACUAUUCCAAUAUUUGUUAUUAUUCUACUAAGCCUUGAGCUUUCUAAACUUGUGCUAAGAAGUCGUUUAAUUUUUACUCUUGACAUUCCAAUAUCGAUAGCAUUCGGUAUUCUUUUUCAAAUAUUCUCCCUAUGUAGUACGUCCUUUAUCGAAGAAGAACAUCAAACGUGGUAUUAUUUAGGAUCAACUUUCUUACUUAGUUUGUUUUGGAAAAACAUCUCCAAUACACGACUAAAAGUUAUAACAUUCAGCAGUUCAUCUUCGCUGGAAAGAGAUAUUUUGAUAUUCUUUAAAAUUCUAAGUCCAUUGACGAAACCGUUUUUGGCUGUGCUUUUGACGGUUUUCAUAAGAAGACUUAAUCAAACUGGCGAUAAGUGGAUGCGGAUACCAGAUAUUGGUGACUGGUUUGCUGUGUCAGAUAACAAAAUAUAUCUGAGCUUGUUUCUCGUAGUUAGUCUUUUAUUAAUAAUAUAUCAAUUGAAGCAAUAUAACACUCCUCUGCAAAUGGUAGCUUGCAUCAUAACAUGUGUAUCCAUAUACUCCUAUCGAGGUAUAAUCGAUGCUGUUGUAUUUUUUCAUCCUAAGCAUUUCAAUUUUGCUUUCAGUCCGUUUUUGGUGCUGCCAUUCUAUUGGACUAGUGUGAUAUAUAUUUUAGCAUCAAGUUAUUUGCCUGUGAUAUUUGGUUCAACAAAAGACAAUAAUCUGGAUAAUUCGCGUCUGUGUAAAUUACUUGGUACCAAUUUAACCGUUUUUACACUGAUAUCUGCACUUUUGCAUAAGCCGCAUAAUGUGUUUCUAGUCUUUGCAAUGCAUAUUAUAUUGAAAUGUACAUAUAGUCUUUGUGAUAAUUUGAGAGGAGCACGCAGAAGGCUAGAUGCCCAAAUGAUUUUAUUGUAUAAAGUCGUUGUGACGAUUUAUGUUUGCAAAAUGUUUUACUUUUUUCAGGGCAAUUCAAACAGCUUAGCAACAAUUGAUCUCAAUCCUGGAUUUAUCGGACUUUCCCAUUACAAUCCAUUAUUUGUUGGAAUAAUGGUAACGGCAAAUACAUAUUUUGCCGACAUUUUCGGUUUCCUCUACCUUAUAUUGGAUAUUUAUCAAAAACAAGAUGAAGUCUCUAUAUCCAAGGAGACCAACGAAUUUGUCAAUGAUGUUUCAGAGAGAAACAAUUACAAUCUAGUCACAACAAUAAUGGCAACAAUUAAAUUAUUAACAACAAGUGUGUAUUUGAUUUUAAUGAUAGCUUUUCGUCAUCAUUUAUUUAUAUUUACAGUAUUUUCACCAAAAGUAUUGUAUGAGUGUUUUGCAAUAUUAUUAUUUUAUUUAAAUUUUUCUAUGACGAAUUUGUACUUUUAUUUGUUACAUAAAAUCAUUUGAAUUAUAUAAAAAAAAAACUUAAUAAAUAACAUUUUUUUUA